UUUUUUUAUUAUUUUCCCAGAAGCAGUAAUUUGAGGGAUAUGUAAAACCUUGUUUUGUCUUAUUCUGUCAAAGGUGCUGCCAUUUAACUUCAAUGUAGCUUCAUGUUUGCAUUGUUUUUUGAACCCAUAUUAAAACUUUUUAUCUGACUGUAGUGCUUUAAAUGAUAUAUUGGUGUAUAGGUGUAAUAAAGAUACAAAUUGUUUAGAUACUAAAGUUAUAUUUUUUUCCAUUUUCCCCAUAUGGCAAAGUUAUUGCAAAUAUAUAAGUAAGAAAGCAGGUACAAAUUAAAGAAACUUUGAAAGUUUGUCAGUUUUUGCAAGGAUAAUAUUAGCAAACUUCAAACUAUUUUGCCACUGUGUCUUUUUUUUCAUUCAGCCUAAAAUUACAAAAAAGCAAAAUAGAAGCUUGAAAUGUAAACACGCUGUUGUUAAAUUGUAAUUAUUUUUAUAUUCUGAAUUUAUUUUGAUGAUAUUGUUAUGCCUGCUGUCCCUUAUGUAUUACUGCCAACUACUCAAGAUAUGAACACAAUUGUUUAUGGGAUAAUCGGUGGGUGAUUGCUUCAUGUAGUGCCAUCUAGGACUUAAUGACUAAGUUGGUUCAUGUUCUCAUUUCAGCCCAUUGAAAUAAAUGUACUUGCAGUGAAUCAUUGCCUUUAAAAGAUUUACUCAGUUCUAAAACACACGUACCUGUUAGUGUAUAUCAUGUUUAAUUUGAAAAAUUUAAUCUUACUGUGUACAUGGAGGCACAUCAUUUUAAAAUCUUUCACUAACCUGAGUAAAUUAUUUAUUUUUAUUUUAUUGGGAUUCUUUUUAUUGCUUGUAUUAAAAAAGUGAUUGUAAUCUAGUUUUUUGUGGAUUUUUUCCGGUGCUUUUCAAUAUUGGAACUGUGUAUCUUUGUUUAUAUACUAAAAUAAGAGACUCCAUGUCCUUUCUCUGGGAUGUUUCUGUACUCUGGUGCCUUCUGAGAUGUGCCGGGGUUGUGCAGGUUCAGAGCCAAGAUAGAGGCUCAUUAAACGCCACCUCUGAAUUUUAGACUGCUGCAACAUUUUGAUGAAAACAGACCCCUUCGUUCUCUAGAGAUUGACACACACUGUCACUGUUUAGUAAGGGGGGUGGGGGUGGAGGGGUGGAUGCAAUUGAAUACAAUUGGUCUGUGUUUGAAUCAGGGAAAAAAAUGCACUCCAUCAUUACAAAGAGCAGCUUUUCCGGAGUGAAACUGGAGCUCUACCUCAUCCUUUUGGAUUUUGCUAUAUCAAAUUCACCUCAUGGAAUUGUCACUGCUAUAGUGUUUUUGUUAUUAAUAAUGAGUCCAUAUUCAUGUCCCUUGGUAUAGGGUAUCCUUUUUCAUUAUAUGGUUGUGAUUAAUUGCAAGCCUUUGCUUCUUCGGCUAGUCAGACAAAUUUUUUCACCCCUCAAAAAGGAUGUAAACAUCCCUUAUUAGUGAAUUUUAUGGAUGCAUAUUUUAAGUGAUGUUGUCGUGGGAUUGGAUCAUCAAGUGCUGACAGGUUGGAGUCACAAAGUAAGAACUUUUGCACGUCUGAAACGUUGUUUACCAGACUUGUGAAUCGCAUUGGGCAAUGAUAAUUUCAUAGGAUGAUCCUUGUGCUUUGCAUAUAGCAUGAAUUUUUGGUUAAACUGGAAUUUCCACGUAUGGUACAAUUUUUUACAGCUUAAAGGUGGCGGCCUUUUUGGGAUCAUGUUGCCAAAGCAGGUGAAGCACUGGAAGUCAAUGUGCAAAGGGCUGGUGCUUGGCACCUUGGUCACAAGUUGUAUGAUCCUGCUGUACUCUUACGCUACUCCUACUGUUCAUCUCAACAUACAAGAGGCGCCAGUACCCUACUCCUGUGAUUAUCAGCCAGUAAACAUUCGAGCUCUCCAGGCUUUCAACACUUCCCAGAAUGCUCAAGGGCGUGGGGCUGCCUGCACGCCCAAGGUGGAUAUCAUGUUCAUGAAGACCCACAAAACAGCAAGCAGCACUAUCCUGAACAUUUUGUUCCGCUUUGGACAGAAGCACAGGCUCAAGUUCGCUUUCCCGGAGAGUCGUAAUGACUUUCUCUACCCUGCUUCCUUCCAGCGAUCUCAUGUCAAGGACUAUCAGCCUGGCAUGUGCUUUAACAUCAUCUGUAACCACAUGCGCUUCAACGAAGAGGAGGUUCGCAAGCUGCUUCCAGCGGACACAAUCUACUUCACAAUUAUCAGAGAUCCUGCGGAUCUCUUUGAGUCUUCCUUUCACUACUUUGGUCGCAUUAUUCCAUUUACUUGGAAGAUUUCUGCAGAUGAUAAACUGGCAGAGUUCCUUCGUGAUCCAUGGCACUAUUAUGACCCGGAGGGCUUCAACUCCUUCUACCUCAAGAAUCUGCUCUUUUUUGACUUUGGCUAUGAUAACAAUCUAAAUCCAGAUGAUGGGCAAGUGGAUAAAAGUAUAAAGGCAAUUGAGAACCGAUUUGACCUGGUCAUGUUGCUAGAGUAUUUCGAUGAAUCGCUGAUUCUCCUGAAAGACAUUUUAUGCUUGGACAUGGAGGAUAUCCUUUAUUUCAAGCUUAAUGCUCGCAAGGAUUCUCCUGUAUCACGGCUUCCCCUGGAAUUGCGCAGCCUGGCGUCUGACUGGAAUAAAAUUGACCUAAAACUAUACAAUCACUUCAAUGCCACCUUUUGGAACAAAGUGAAGCAGUAUGGAAAUGAGCGGAUGGCCCUGGAUGUGGCUGAACUGCAGCGAAGAAAUGCGGAGAUGACAGCCGUGUGCAUUGAGGGAGGUCAAGCUGUGGAGUCCAGCUUGAUUCAGGAAUCAUCCAUGCAGCCCUGGCAACCCAUUGGGGAAAAAUCUAUUCUAGGCUAUAACCUAAAGAAGAACAUUGAUAAAAAGAACCGGAAACUUUGUCGAAAAAUGCUCACUCCAGAAAUCCAGUAUUUGACAGAACUGGGAGUCAAUCUGUGGAUAACAAAGCUCUGGGCCCACAUCCGAGAAUUUCUAAAUUGGUAGCACAGUCUUCCUUCCCUUAUUGAUUUGCACUCACGGGCUGCUCGUUUGCUAGUGAAAAAUUUGAAGACUUAUCAUUGUAUUACUGAAUGCAAGAAACUCAGAGUUCAGUGCAUGCCUUUCAAACACAAUACUAGCAACAUCGGAACAACCCCCCCCGAAGGGCUGGCAGUGUCUUCACCGUUUUAAUAAGGGAAUAUGAUCAAAGAAAAAUAACUUUGACAAGUUCUACCACUGUUACUUUUGAAGAAGAGUUUUGUCAGAAAUGAUUUGUGAUGAAUAUGAUCAAAGAAAAUAAGUUUGACAAGUUCUACCACUGUUACUUUUGGAGAAGAGUUUGUCAGAAAUUAUUUGUGAUGAUAGAUUUAUUUGAGGUCCUUGUGCCCAUGGUUUAACAUGGGGGCCAGGAGGUGAUGAGAUAAAUUAUGUCUAAUUGCGAGGCUUUCCUUAGACAUGCAGUAAAAAAGGUGAAAGGAUUAAGUGAGCAGUGGCUUCCAUUGAAACAAGGUGCUUACCUGCAGUCUCACUGGGCAUGGCUCUGUUACACAAGGACCAGUGCGGGUAUGCCUAGGACUGAGAUGAGUGGAUGUUCCCCACUGCUACACAAAAUGUCCAUGGAAGUAAUAUCGAGUGGCACUGUGUUCAGGCACUUAUCACAAAGUCAUUAAAGGAGCAUGAGACACUG